UCACCAUACUCGCGUGCGUUUAUAUGUUUCAGUAGCUUAUAUCGAGAGAUCCGGCGACGAAUCGCAAAAGAUUGUGGGCGAAUUCUAGAACAUUGCACACGACGAAGGUAUCGGGGGUUUUUUUGUUGUUGCCCGUAUUAACUCAACAAACCGGCUUUUUGUAUAAGUGGUAGAAUAACUGUACUGGCAACCGUAUUUGAUGCAGCCGUAACUUCCGGUUUGCACAUCGAAUCGUGCUGUGCUGAUCCACGUGAACACACAAAUACAAGUUUACUUUGGGAACAGCUCGAGAUAGGCUUAACUUAUUUACUUUGCACGGCGGGGGUCGCCUUCCCUCUUUCUCGCACCUACUCCUCUCUUUCUGCUACAGUUGGCUUAGCUCGCUGAUUGCGCCUGCUUUCGUUUCAUAUGAAUGAAACGAUUGUCGUUUCCCAGCGUUAUCGCGGAACUCACUCCCACCCCUCUGUACGUCAGGGCAAAGAAAGUGAUUUAUUCCGAUUCGGCACCGCAGCUCGUACAACCGGAGGGCUCGUCACUGGUCAGUGUUUAGUUGACCAUGUGCAGCGUGACAAUGCGAUACCGACGAUCGCUCGCAUUCGGUAGCUUAUUGUUUUGCUUGGUACUACUGGAAUUGUUUCGGACAGGGCGCGCUACUGCGGGAGGCUUGCCAUGUGCGUUGCGUCACUAUCCGCACGGUGCGGUGUGCGUGUGCAAUGCGACGUAUUGCGAUACGCUGGAAUUUACCGAACCAACGGAGCUCGGCAGCUUUGUGCUCGUGUCCAGCAGCAGUGCUGGAUUGCGGUUUGCUCAGGCUGAAGGUAACUUUUCCCGUGCCAUCAAGCAACGGCAAGUGCGCGCGGAAGACAUCACGAUCAAACUCGAUCCUCUCAGGCGCUUCCAAACGGUAGAAGGAUUCGGCGGUGCCUUUACCGGUGCGGUGUCACACAAUCUGGCGAAUUUGAAUCCCGCGCUGCGUGACAAUCUUUACAAAGCGUACUAUUCCAAAACGCAAGGGAUCGGCUAUCGGUUUAUGCGUGUUCCGAUCGGUGGUUGUGAUUUUGAUCUAGCACCGUGGGCAUACAACGAACUGCCGAUUAACGAUGUGUCCCUCUCGAACUUCACCCUGCUGGACGAGCGAGAUUUGGUGAAGGUGACACAAAUUAAGCAGCUUAUGGAAGUGACGGGCAACAGCGAUAUUCGUUUGAUCGGUGCCGCUUGGAGUCCGCCGCGAUGGAUGAAAUCGAACAACGAUUGGACCGGAGCAAGUCGGCUCAAGCCGGAGUAUUACCAAACAUGGGCCGACUAUCACGUGCGUUACCUGGAGCUAAUGCGCGCUGCCGGGUUAAACUUCUGGGCCAUUUCGACCGGCAAUGAGCCACUGAAUGGUGUGAUCGGGUUCCUUUUUAUACACUUCAUGAGUCUUGGGUGGACAGCACCGGAGCAGGGCCGGUGGGUAGGUCAACAUUUGGGGCCAGCGCUGAAAAAUUCCCCCGUCAGUGAUGUGAAACUGUUCGGAUGCGACGACCAGCGGUACACUUUCCCUUGGUGGUUUAGUCUGAUGGAUCAGGGCCACCCGAACGCAACAAGCUAUCUGGACGGGUUGGCCGUACACUGGUACUGGGAUGGUGUAGCACCGGCUGCCCUGCUCGAUCAGACUGCCGCGCGCUACCCGGACAAGUGGAUCUUCAACACGGAGGCAUCGCUCGGUGAUAAGCCACUGCAGCAACAUCAUCCCAUCCUUGGUUCGUGGGCACGGGCCGAAUCGUAUGUACUGUACGUGAUGCAAGACUUGCAGCACAGUGUGCACGGUUGGAUCGAUUGGAAUCUGGUGCUGGACGAGCGUGGUGGACCGAACUAUGCCAACAACUUCGUAGAGAGUGCCGUCAUUGUGAAUGCUACAUCACAGGACGAAGCUUACAAACAGCCGAUAUUUUACGGGUUGGGACACUUCUCACGCUUCAUAUUGCCCGGUUCGGUACGGUUAGAUGUGCGUUCGUCAAGCAGCGACGUGGCAGUGGUCGCGUUCGAACGGUUGGACAAGAGAACCGUAGUAGUGUUCUACAACAAAGCAAGCUGGAAAUCAACAGUCCGGAUAGAGGACAAACGGUACGGAAGUGUACGAGUACGUCUUCCGGCGAAAUCGGUACAUACGUUGCUUUAUCUUUGAGACUGAUCCUGGUGGGUGACUGUUACCAGUGCCAAACUGGCGGUGUGGUACAUUCGUACCACAAAAAUCCUCGCAAGAAACAACCAACAGAUGGUAGUAGAUCUUAGAAUAAACCAAACGAAUGAUAAGCUACAA